GUUUUUGUUUACGUAUUCAGUUCAGUGUACGAUAGAUCUGCUGUUCACCCAAAAAACACGUCAUUGUCUGAUCAAAAUCUUUGUUCUGUUUUGUUGCCUUACAAAAGAUUAUAGGAUGGUCAAGUUUUACUCAUAAAAAUGACGGUGGUUGUUCACUCAGAGAAGCAGGUUUUCUAGUGAGAUUUGAGUGAGCCGGAUUUGUCCAAUCGGAGCCGACGGAUCUUGCCAUCCUCUAUGCAGCUAGACAAGCGCCCUCGGUUGGUAGAUGGUAAACUACCAGUCUUUGUCUUCCCUACAGAGCUGGUGUACUACGCCGACGAUCGGAGCUCCCAUAAGCAGGUGCUGACCGUCUACAAUCCCUAUGACUUCACGCUGAAAUUCAAGGUGCUGUGCACAACACGUCGCAAGUAUGCGGUGGUGGAUGCCGAGGGGACCAUCAGACCAGGCUGCUGUGUGGAUGUUGUGAUACGACACAAGGAAAUCAACGAAGCCUCCUACGGCAUCAGUGACAAGUUCCGGCUGAACCUCUACGAGCACGGCCGCCGUGAUGCCAUCGGGAGCAAAGACAUUCCCACAAUCCUUCUGCCCACAUCUCAGGGACGAGAGCGAGAAUCGGAGGAGCUGUCAUCAUCGCAGGCCGAGAGCUCCGCGAGUUUGCCAUUUACUGCUGUUGCUAGGCAGCGAUCAGCUACCCCAGGCCCGACGGUUGUACUAUUAGCUUUAGUCUGUGUCGCGGCCCUGCUACUACCAAUGCAAGGAGAGGCUGGCUCCAGUCUUCCAGUUUACCUCCAUCUGACAGUCAACCAAAAGCUUAUAGCCGCAUAUGUCUUAGGUCUUGUUACCAUGGUGAUUCUACGGACAUGACGAUGCGACCUUUGACCCGAGUUCACUAGAAUUUCCACCCUUCGUUCAGCAAGGACCUGAUGAUGAUGAUUGCUGCAGAGUUGUUGGCUGUGAGAGUGUGACCCGAGUUAUGGACUCAACUUGAGUUGAGUUGCAAUCUUUUAUUGAGCUGAGUAACUAAGAUAUUCAGGCCAAAAUCCAAACUUUAAGGAACGUGUUUGUUUAAAUAACAGAGUUGUGAUUAUUGGAUUGUGGUAAUUGACAUUAUGUGAUGUUGAAAACAAUGCCAAAAUUGUCCUUAAUAAUUGUGCAUUGCUGGGGGGGGGGGGGGCCUUUGCAUGCCCCCAUACCCCAAACAAGCGAAAGUUUUAGUUGCUUUAUGAAACAAUAAUCAAUAUUACCAACACAAAAAUGUGAGAAGUUUGCAACCGAAUUGUAAAAGAUUACAAUUGUAGUCCAUCCCCUAAUGGAUGGGGUCCCCCCUCCCCCACGAGGAUGUGGGUAACCCCCCCCCCCCCCCCCCCCACGAGGAUGUGGGGAAUUUUAAAAUGUCCCUCUGCAUAGUUUUUAGAUAAGCAUUAGAGUGCUUGCAAUAAAAUUUCAUGAAUGCAUCCCUAACAUCUCCUUGCCCCCCUCCCCCCAAUUAAUUCCAAAAAUGUCCCAUAAUUUUUAUCUACCGUACUUUGAAUGGGUAAAAUUCUCAUGUUUAUUAAGGAAUGCUGUUGUCAAAUUUAUAGCUUGGGCACUUGGGGCUGAUAACGGAAAAUCCCCCAAACGACCGAGCAAGAAAAUCUAAAAAGUAAGCAUGAACUUGCUAGCGAAAGAUCCAAAGUUAUUGGGCACUACUAAAGAAACAGGUAUUAUGCAACUCAGAUGCUGCAAUGCAAUUAAUGAAAUUUGUCAUUUUAACUGAGUGUACAAGAUGUGUGAUUAUGCUAAUCUCAAGUUUUAAAUGUAGCUAAAAAAAUGUGUGGAAAUGAUUGGAAUAUUUGCUUCAUAGUGUGUUAAGGUGUUUUUUCUUUAAAUCUCAACUGACAGCAGUUACAACAAAGCGGGGAAAAUCCAUUAUAUACUCGGACUUAUUAUGGGCUAGCCUUGAACCCACUCUGGUUUUGAUGUGCAGACUUGUACAUUUAUUUCCAUGUUCAAUCCAACGCCAGGCUGUUCUGGGACCUACAUUUUACGGGAGAGGGUAGGACAUUCUCCCUUGGUUCAGUUCCGGACUUGGUUGUCUAGGUUUAUACCUCGCACAGUUUUAUAUUCGAAAUUUCAAAAUAAAAUGUUGCACCUGUCAAAUGUACUGAAAAGCGUUUUUUGGGAGUUUGUGAAUAACUCAACUAAUUGAAUAUUUAUUAUCACGUAUUUAUUUAUUUACUUUGUAUUUCUGCUCUUGUUUUGUUAUUUUUUUAAAGCUUUUUGUUUUUCAAUGUUGUAAUUUAUUGCACUCUUUAUUUUAUAGUUGAUUGAAUGAGCAGUGGAUUAAAGGAAAAUUAUUAUCAAAUAUCGGUUGGAACAA